CCCCGUCGAACUCGAGGGCCACUGGGGACGUAAGCUGUACGGGGCGAGUGUAGCUCCGCCACCGCCUCCGCCUCAUCACCACCCGCGGGCGCCUCUCGUUUUCGCGCCUCAGGACAUGAGGCAGAUACUCAAGGAGGAACCGGUGCCACGUGCUUGGCCGCAGCCCGCGCUCGCCGACAACGGGACGGUCGGCGUCGGCAGGGCUCACUUCGAGAAACAACCACCGAGUAAUUUGAGAAAAAGUAACUUCUUCCAUUUCGUGAUCGCUCUUUACGAUCGACACGGACAACCGAUCGAGAUAGAGAGGACCUCUUUCAUGGGUUUCGUCGAAAAAGAUCAGGAAUCCGAAGGACAGAAAACGAACAAUGGCAUUCAGUAUAGCCUGCAUCUGUUGUACUCGAACGGUGUUAGGCAGGUACAGGACAUCUACGUGAGGCUGAUCGACUCCGCGACCAAACAGGCUAUCAUGUACGAGGGACAAGAUAAAAAUCCUGAAAUGUGUAGGGUCCUUCUUACUCACGAAGUGAUGUGCAGCCGGUGUUGCGAUAAAAAGAGCUGCGGAAACAGGAACGAGACCCCGAGCGAUCCUGUUAUCAUCGACCGAUUCUUCCUCAAAUUCUUCCUAAAGUGCAACCAGAACUGCCUUAAGAAUGCGGGCAAUCCACGUGACAUGAGACGUUUCCAGGUGGUCAUUUCCACGCAAGUAGGAGUAGAGGGACCGCUGCUGGCCGUCUCGGACAACAUGUUCGUUCACAACAACAGCAAACACGGACGUAGAACGAAACGAUUGGAUCCCAGUGAUCCUGGAGAAUACAACAGUCUUUACACGCCAGUACCUCUUCAAACGCCGUGUAUAAAAGCGAUAUCGCCGAACGAAGGGUGGACAUCCGGUGGAUCGACAGUGAUAAUCAUCGGGGAGAAUUUCUUCGACGGGCUUCAAGUUGUUUUUGGAUCGAUGUUGGUUUGGAGCGAGCUAAUCACACCGAAUGCGAUCAGAGUACAAACUCCUCCUCGGCAGAUACCAGGCGUCGUUGAAGUGACGUUAUCCUAUAAAACUAAACAAUUCUGUAAAGGUGCACCCGGUAGAUUCGUCUACGUUUCAUUGAACGAACCCACGAUCGAUUACGGCUUCCAAAGGUUACAGAAGCUUAUUCCCCGGCAUCCUGGAGAUCCCGAAAAACUACCAAAAGAGAUCAUAUUGAAAAGGGCGGCCGACCUCGCGGAAGCUUUAUACAGCAUGCCCAGAAGCGGAAACGCUGGAAUUACGGGGGCACCGAGGAGUCCGGGAUCGGGUCAUCCACCUGCGCCUCCAACCUCCAGUUCGGCAACAGCGUUUAACUCGUACACAGGACAGCUCGCGGUGACGGUGCAGGAAAACGGUAGCGCGGCGAAAUGGACAGACGACGGUAGUUCCGUGACGACAGGAGCCGGUGGUGGAGGCGGAGGCGGCGGUGGUGGUAGCGUCGGAGGGAGCGUCGGUGGUAGCGCCGAUGCGUACAGGCAGAGCAGCAGCGCGAGUCCGCGCGGGGUUGUGACAGGCGGUGGUUAUUGCGGAAGCUCGGCCAGCACGCCUCACAGUCACAGCACAAACGGAAGUUACUCGGUAGCCAAUCCGUACACCGGUAGUCCAACCCUUUACACAUCGCCGCACGAACAGUAUGGCAUUUUCUAUACGUCCGGGGACGGGAGUGCGUUCGCUCCCGUAGUACGACCACCGACCACCUCAGUCCCACCGCACUGGUCCACACAGCACCACCUCGCCACAGCCGCCCAGUAACCGCUAACCGUCCACCAUCACAACCACCAUCAUCACCACCACAACCACCCUAUGCACUACGAUUAAAGAAUUAUGAGAAACAUGCACGAGAGACGAGAGAUUCGAGGAUGACUAGGAGAGGUGGUCGGUUCACCGUUCAACGUGAAUCCAUUUAUGUUGCCGACCUGCAGCCAAGGUUAUUCAAACGCCGCCAGUCCGUUGCUCUCGUCGAAUGGGAAAUAGUGUUACGAGAUGUAAGCUCCGGCGAAAAUAUCGAGGGGUUACGUGUUCACGGAAGCGAAAUCCAUCGAAGCGGAGGCUCUCGUCGAAUUCUAUUAUUCCGAUAAUCAUCGUAUUCGCGAUUGACAAUCGCUUUCUUGAAUCGAAACCGGUCCUCUCGAUUCAUUCCUUUUCCUUUCUCCUCUCCCUUCUCCCGGUUCUUCCCGCGUAACCGAAGAAGAAACGUAACCGCGGAGAAACCGUCCGCGGAAUGAUUUUCGUCGGAGUUUCGACCGAUCACUUCAGUUUGCGAGAGUACAGUGCAAAAAAAAAAAAUAAUAAUAAUAAUAAUAAUAAAAAGAUCGAUAACGUUUCAUCAUUAUCACGAUGAUCGAAUAAGUUAAGGAAUGAUACAUAUCGAAGCACGUAGGAGAGAGAGAUUUUCUUCGUUCAUUGAAUAUAGUCGUUCGGUUCGUUUAUAGAUGUAGUACAACAGUUUUGGAAAAAAAAAAAAAAGAAACGAUCGACUAUUCGUAGUAGAAAUUACUACUCGUGAUACGUGGUAAUAUAAUUUUAAUAAAUUAUUUCUCUCUUAUAUGCAUCUUUUAAUCCUUGGAAAUUAUUUCAUUUCGAGAGAAAUUCGAGUUCGUAGUAUCGUUGAGAAAAAGAAAAAAAGAAAAAGAAAGAAAUAUAACCGAACGACUAUUCAGACUUUUCGUGUCUCCGAUACUGCUAUUUUUAAAAAUCUAGCUGUCUCGAUACGAAAAGAUCGUUUUUUAUCGAUAGAAUCGAGUACCUCGUUUGCCCUGCGUCUCCUCUCGUAUACGAAAAUCAUUAAACGAUUAUAUCUUGCGACAAAGUAUUUUCAACGUGUGUUUUUUCUUCGUAACCGUUUCGGUAGGCGGCGAUAUGCGCCCGCGGUUGUUUAAGAGGCAAAUAGUAUACGCAGGCGGGGGGACGUUGACAGGGUGCCGCGGAAUUUUAUAUCAAAGCAAGCAAAGAGGCUAAAUAUAAUAAAGGGGAUGAUAUAAUAGGGCGAAAUGACACCACUAGACGGACAUAUCGCUUAUCAAGUGAAUAACAAGACAUCAUAGUUUUAGAAAGCAUUUUCAAAGUUUGAAAUUUUAUCUUCCUACCCGUACGUUUUAAGAGACUAACCAAUAUCGGCUAGGUAGCGUUAAAUAAACUACGUCUAAAACUCGUAAUUUGUAAAUUUCCUUGUAAAUAUUGUUGCGAUGUACAAAAAGAUAAAAACUAUUUCCAGGAAUCCAACGAAACGAUAUUGUAAACGUGAUUGUAGGGCGAAAAUUAAUUAUACAUAGAUGUAAAUAAAUACGGUAGAUCGUCAUAGCUUGACUCGUAAAAUUGAUUGAAAUUACGCUGGCGAUCCAAUCUUUUAACGUGCUAAAUCGACCACCGCGCGAUAAUAUAGUAUACCGCUGUUUUUUCAUCGAUAUAUUUCUACUAAUCGGUCAAAACUUAUUUCCUCCGACGUACGUACGUUUAUAGCGAUUCGUGUUCUUCUGAGAGAGAGAGAGAGAAAGAGAGAGAGAGAGAGAGAGAGAGAGAGAGAGAGCAACGUUAAAAAUUGGAAUCGUCCGCAGCAACUGUAUAAAACGUAUAUAUAGUUGAUUGAAAUCGUUCGAUAAGCCGGCCCAAAAAAAAAAAAAAAA